AUGGUAACAGAUGAUAAUGGCUUACCAGGUGAGGUGACAGAGGGGAACUCAUCGAUAGAAGUAGUGAAUCCUGCCACUAAAACCAAGUAUUCAGCACCUAAUGAAAAUAUUGACGAUGUAAAUAAAGCGUUGUCAGAAGAAUUUUUGGAGCCCUCUAAUAAGCUACCAUGGGACUUAUUAGACUUAAUGGACUCUUUACCUCAACUAGACAAAAAUGAUAUAUAUGAUGGACUAUUGAACAUCCCCAAUUCGAUUACCAGGACGACUUUUAGAAUGAAGCGAAGAGGUAUACAUGGAAAAAUAGAAGACUGCAAAGAGGAGUUGCGAUUGUCUGAUCUAGAUAAUGCUAAUUCAGGUAAUUCAAUGUCCAUGACGCGAAAAGUUUCUUCAAGAAAGGAUGCUUUGAGAGGUCAAACGAGCUUUUUGCCGUUUCAGCCAGGUGGAUUAGUGGAAAAUUCGAAGAUUAAAACUAAAGUUUCCGAUGAAACAAUCUACUUACAUAGAAAUGAACUAGGGCUAUUUGAUAUACCACAGGGUUUAUCUAGAGGAUUGAAGUUAUCGGGUCUGGUGUCUUCAGAUGAACAAUUGACUAACCUUGAGCAAGAAGAUGAUGACACUGAGCAAUCAAUAGAUAAUGAAAAUAUAUCAAAUCUCAUCAAUGCAGAUUCGACCCUGGAACAAAGACCAGUACCUUCAAGUAUCACAAAACAACCCUUUAAUACCGAAGAGAUAGAUGGCCUAGUUGACAUGGAUUUCUCUGCAAUGCGCAACAACUUUCAUCAAGGUAACGCACACAAACAGACUUGGGCACAUGUUGUAGAUUUAGAUCAUAAGUUGGAGAACUUCGAUGAGCUAGUGCCUCACAUGGCUCGGGAGUGGCCUUUUGAGUUGGAUACAUUUCAACAAGAAGCUGUUUAUCAUUUGGAGCAAGGUGAUUCAGUCUUCGUAGCUGCUCACACUUCAGCAGGAAAAACUGUAGUUGCAGAGUAUGCAAUUGCAAUGGCAAAUCGGAAUAUGACGAAAGCAAUUUACACAUCUCCAAUCAAAGCAUUAUCGAAUCAAAAGUUCAGGGAUUUCAAAGAAACUUUCAAGGAUAUAGAUGUUGGAUUAAUAACAGGUGACGUCCAAAUUAAUCCCGAUGCAAACUGUUUGAUUAUGACUACAGAAAUUUUGAGGUCAAUGCUUUAUAGGGGAUCGGACCUCAUUAGGGAUGUCGAAUUUGUGAUUUUUGAUGAGGUGCAUUAUGUGAAUGAUAUUGAUCGUGGUGUAGUUUGGGAAGAGGUAAUAAUCAUGUUGCCUGACCAUGUGAAGUAUGUUUUACUCUCAGCUACUGUGCCUAAUACUUUUGAAUUUGCAAACUGGGUUGGAAGGACAAAGCAGAAAGAUAUGUAUGUCAUAUCAACUCCAAAAAGGCCUGUCCCGUUGGAAAUAUUCAUAUGGGCCAAAAAUGACAUCUACAAAGUUAUCAAUUCUCAAAGACAAUUUGUUGAGUCUGAGUUCAAAAAGCAUAGAGAAGCAUUAGAAAAGAAACCUAAGACUGGUCCCCCUAACGUCGUUAUGGGUCCAGGUAGUCGCGGUGGACGAGGUGGUACAGCAAGAGGAGGAAACAGUAGAAUGGCUACUCGUGGUAGAGGAAAUUUUUUGAAUAAACCAACUGGAAAGUCGGGGUUUAUGAGAGAUGGACCCAACAAGAAUACUUGGAUCACUCUUAUGCAUUAUUUAAAGAAUCACAAUUUGCUACCGGCUGUUGUAUUUGUAUUUUCUAAAAAGAAAUGUGAGGAAUAUGCCGAUACACUUAAUAAUAUCGACUUUUGUACUGCUGCUCAAAAAUCAGAGAUACAUAUGUUUGUUGAUAGAGCUGUUGCUCGUUUAAAGAAGGAAGAUAGGGAGCUUCCGCAAAUCUUGAAGAUAAGGGAUUUAUUGAGUAGGGGUAUUGCAGUUCAUCAUGGGGGUUUAUUACCAAUUGUGAAGGAAUGUAUUGAAAUAUUGUUCUCGAAGUCAUUAGUCAAGGCUUUAUUUGCCACGGAGACGUUUGCAAUGGGUCUCAAUUUGCCAACAAGGACAGUGGUUUUUUCUUCGAUGAGAAAACAUGAUGGAAGAGAAUUCAGAAAUCUCCUUCCUGGUGAAUUUACUCAAAUGUCUGGUAGGGCAGGAAGAAGAGGUUUAGAUGCUACAGGAACUGUUAUUGUCAUGGCGUAUAAUGAUCCCAUAGCCCCAACAGACUUUAAACAAGUUACGUUGGGCACACCCACUAAAUUACUGUCUCAAUUCAGGCUCACGUACAACAUGAUAUUGAAUUUAUUACGAAUUGAGGCUCUUAGAGUUGAGGAAAUGAUAAAGCAUUCCUUCAGUGAGAAUUCUACGCAAGUUCUAUUACCUGAACAUCAAAAGACUGUUAAACACUUGAAGGAACAGCUAUCUCAGUUUAAUAUCGAGCCUUGCCUGGAAUGUGAUUUAAACGAUCUGUCGCAUACUUUUGAGUUACUUAGGAGAUACGAAAGGCUAUAUGGUGAUAUUUUUGAACAUAUUCAAGAGCUGUCAGCCAUUAGAAAUAGCUUGCUCAAAAUUGGAAGGCUACUUUGUUAUAAGGACAAUAGUGGGAGCUUGCAUGUUGGUUUCUUAAUUAGAUCAGAUCCAAACACAGAUUCAGUUCUUGUUUUAACUUUUGAUCAUGGAAAGGAGUACGAAGAUUAUACUAAUGCUUUUAAAUUACCCUAUAUACCAAUCCAAAAUUAUCUCUUGAACUUUUUCAAAAAGAUAAAAUUUAGUGGCUCCCUUAAAGUUGAUUCUAUUCCAUUUCAAAAUGUUAAUUUCAUUGCACGUUAUGCUAUGAAAGCUCAAAUCAAAGAUGUUCUUCAAAACUUGCCUCCAGCAGUCAAGGAAGCCUCUGAACAAAUUAAAAUUAUCCUUAGGCUUCAAAACAAAUGGGAAGAAGUUAAGUUUUCACAAGUUACUCAAUUGUCUUUGCACGAGCUUUUAGAAAAGAAAAAGCUUCUUAUUAAAGAUAUUGAGCAGCAGGAGUUUUGCUCAAACUUUAGAAAACAUUAUGCUGAGCUUUUAGAGCAAGAAAAUAUUAAGUCACAGAUUAAUUCCUUGCAGAGAUUGAUAUCUGAUGAAAACUUGGAGCUUUUGCCUGAUUACGAGCAGCGACUUGAUGUUUUGGAAUCAUUAGGAUUCGUAGAUCAAAACCAUAACGUUGUUUUGAAGGGCCGUGUAGCCUGCGAAAUUAAUUCAGGUUGGGAGCUUGUAAUAACAGAACUUGUUUUAGAUAAUUUCCUUGGAGACUUUGAACCCGAAGAAAUAGUUGCUUUGCUUUCGUGUUUUGUUUACGAAGGAAAGACUAACGAAGAAGAAGAUCAGCCCAUAAGCCCUCGUUUGGAAAAAGGAAAAGGAAAAAUAUUGGAAAUUAUGCAAAAGCUUUUGAAAGUUUUCAAUGAUAAGAAUGUAGUACUUCUGUCAGAAGAAGAAGAAUUUUUAGAAAGAAAAAGAUUUGCAUUAGUUAAUGUCGUAUAUGAAUGGGCUAGAGGACUAUCUUUCAAUGAAAUUAUGCAAAUCAGCGUGGAAGCUGAAGGAACGAUUGUCAGAGUUAUAACGCGGUUAGAUGAGAUUUGCCGUGAAGUUAAGAAUGCUGCAUUAAUAGUUGGUGACUCUGUGUUGCAUUCAAAGAUGAGUGAUGCACAAGAAAGAAUCAAAAGAGAUAUCGUAUUCUGUGCAUCCUUGUAUUUGUAG